ACCAGGCUGAACUGAGGAAAGCUAGAACGUCAUCGUGGUUUACGUCUUGCCCUUGCCACAGCAGAGACUCUGCCUGACUUUGGAGGUGCUGCUGCUGCCUCCACUGUACUCAGACCCGGGUAGCACAGGAUUGUCCAUCCUCCAGCAGUUCAGUGCAACGGUGUGAACUCAGCCUGUUUCAGAGCCUCCCCACCAUGACCUCCAAGAAGCUGGUGAACUCGGUGGCUGGCUGUGCUGAUGACGCCCUUGCUGGCCUGGUGGCCUGCAACCCCAACCUGCAGCUGCUGCAGGGCCACCGCGUGGCCCUCCGUUCUGACCUGGACAGCCUCAAGGGCCGGGUGGCACUGCUGUCGGGUGGGGGCUCUGGCCAUGAGCCUGCCCAUGCUGGUUUCAUAGGGAAGGGGAUGCUGACCGGGGUCAUCGCAGGAGCCGUAUUCACCUCCCCAGCAGUGGGCAGCAUCCUGGCAGCCAUCAGGGCAGUGGCCCAGGCUGGCACAGUGGGGACCCUCCUCAUCGUGAAGAACUACACUGGGGAUCGGCUCAACUUCGGCCUGGCCAGGGAGCAGGCCCGGGCUGAAGGCAUCCCGGUGGAGAUGGUGGUGAUCGGGGAUGACAGCGCCUUCACCGUCCUGAAGAAGGCAGGCCGGCGGGGGCUGUGUGGCACGGUGCUUAUACACAAGGUGGCAGGUGCUCUGGCUGAGGCAGGUGUGGGGCUGGAGGAGAUCACAAAGCGGGUGAACGUGGUCGCCAAGGCCAUGGGUACCCUGGGGGUGAGCUUAUCCUCCUGCAGCGUCCCUGGUUCCAAACCCACCUUCGAGCUCUCAGCUGAUGAGGUGGAGCUGGGCCUGGGGAUCCACGGGGAAGCUGGUGUGCGCCGGAUAAAGAUGGCAACUGCUGAUGAGAUUGUGAAACUCAUGCUCGACCACAUGACAGACACCACCAAUGCGUCCCAUGUGCCUGUGCAGCCCGGCUCUUCAGUUGUGAUGAUGGUCAACAACCUGGGUGGCCUGUCAUUCCUGGAAUUGGGCAUCAUAGCCGAUGCUGCCGUUCGCUCCCUGGAGGGCCGCGGGGUGAAGAUUGCCCGUGCCCUGGUGGGCACCUUCAUGUCAGCACUGGAGAUGCCUGGCAUUUCUCUCACCCUCCUGCUGGUGGAUGAGCCUCUCCUGAAACUGAUAGAUGCUGAAACCACUGCAGUAGCCUGGCCUAACGUGGCCGCAGUCUCCAUUACUGGGCGGAAGCGGAACCGGGUAGCCCCUGCCGAGCCCCAGGAGGCCCUUGAUUCCACUGCUGUAGGAGGCUCAGCCUCGAAGCGGAUGGCGCUGGUGCUGGAACGGGUGUGCAGCACCCUCCUGGGCCUGGAGGAACACCUGAAUGCCCUGGACCGGGCUGCUGGUGAUGGCGACUGUGGCACCACCCACAGCCGUGCGGCCAGAGCAAUCCGGGAGUGGCUGAAGGAGGGCCCACCUCCUGCCAGCCCUGCCCAGCUGCUCUCCAAGUUGUCUGUCCUGCUCCUGGAGAAGAUGGGAGGCUCAUCUGGAGCGCUCUAUGGCCUGUUCCUGACUGCGGCUGCCCAGCCCCUCAAGGUCAAGACCAGCCUCCCAGCCUGGUCUGCUGCCAUGGAUGCCGGCCUGGAAGCCAUGCAGAAGUAUGGAAAGGCUGCCCCAGGGGACAGGACUAUGCUGGAUUCUCUGUGGGCAGCAGGGCAGGAGCUCCAAGCCUGGAAGAGCCCAGGAGCCGAUCUGUUGCAAGUCCUGACCAAAGCAGUCAAGAGUGCCGAAGCUGCAGCAGAGGCCACCAAGAAUAUGGAAGCUGGAGCCGGAAGAGCCAGUUAUAUCAGCUCAGCACGGCUGGAGCAGCCAGACCCCGGGGCAGUGGCAGCUGCUGCCAUCCUCCGGGCCAUCCUGGAGGUCUUGCAGAGCUAGGGUGUGUGACUGCCUCCCUUGGCCUCAGCUCCUCUCACUGCUGUGCUGAGGUGGCCCUUGUCACUUCUGCCUUCCAACCGUCACUUUCCCCUGGCCUGGCUCCAUUGGCCCACCCUCUAAGUUGAGCAGGAAAUCCUCCACCAAGCUUCCAGAACUACAGACAGCACCCAGAGCGAGCUGGAGUGGGUCCCCGUGCCUCUCCAGCAUGCCCUUUCCCUUUGUGAGAGGGUGGAGUCCCUGGGUCAUGCCCUCCCCUGCCAGUUCUGGGCUUCAGAGAUAAGGCAUUUUCCUUGUGCAGCCUUUAUCUGGCAAUCCUAAUUUGGUUUUAAGACUCUCUGUGAAAUGCCUUCUGCACCUUAAUCCCAAUGAGCAUGGAAAAGAAAGUUAAUAAACUAUAAUACAUGGAAGCAAGAAAGCCACUGCCUCCUCUGAGGGACCUUUCCCAUGCAUGUAAACAAAGGGGCCCACAGCCCUGGCUGCAGGCAUCAUGAGCCAUCUUCUACCAGGCAGAUCUUUAUUACCUGAGCCCCUAAAUUAGUGUCUCCUCAGCUGGGCUGCUUCCACCGAGACCCCCAACCUGUCCCCUUUCCAGUACACACGCCUGAUUCGUGUAAGAAUGGUAGGUAGGCUUUUCUCAGCAUCGAAUUAACAAUUCAUUGGCUCCUUGGGAGUCAAAUGGGCAUUUGGGACACCAGAAGGAAAAUAAAUCAUCAUGUCUAAGGUUCAGUUGUAGAUUAGAAAAUGCAGCCAGGCCGGGCAUGGUGGCUCACACCUGCAAUACCAGCACUUUGGGAUCCCUUACACUCAGGAGUUCAAGACCAGCCUGGGCAACAUGGUGAAACCCUGGCUCUACCAAAAAAUACAAAAUCAGCCAGGCAUGGUAGUGUGUGCCUGUAGUCCUAACUUCCCGGGAGGCUGAGUUGGGAGGAUGGCUUGGGCCCAGGUGGUCGAGGCUGCAGUGAGCCGUGAUCAUGCCACUAUACUCCAGCCUGGGCAACAGAGCGAGGGGAGGGGAGGGGAGAGGAGGGCUGUGGCCAAGCCAGCCCCUAGGUCUCUUUCUAGAGCAAUCACUGAUAGCACCAGGGUGAGAAGGGGCAUUCUGUGCAUGUGGAGACCAAUAGCACGUGCCUGGCACGCAUGUAGGGUAGGGAGUGGUUAAAGGCACUGGCUGUUGACUUAUACACAUGAUCUGAAAUCUGGUUCUGCUUUAACCUGGUUACAUGAGCUAAGGCCUAUUUUUUAGCCCCUUGGGAUCUGUAAAAUCAGAAUGGUACCCACCUCACGGGGACAUGAAAGGAUUCCAAUGAACUGAUGAAGAUGAAGCCCAGCACAGUCCAAGUGCUCACUCACUGGGAGUUAUCACAAGGGUUGGGCCCCCAGCCCCUCCCAGGUCAUCCGCUUCACCACUAGCUGGUAGGAAACAGCCUCCUGUGCCCCCCAACCCCCGUCACCUACUUCGCCCAAAUUGGCUGUGGCUCCCCCAGUGCCUGGGCUUCUCUACCCAGGGUCCUGUCUGUCAGCUGCACCAUAUGUCCCUGACCACAAGGCGUCCUGCACAGGGGUGUGUGCCCAGCAGCUGCGAAGGAGGCUGGCCUCAGACAGUGGCCUGUGGAUCCCAGCUCUGUCACUUCCUGGCUGGGUGACCUCAACCUAGUCACUUAACCUUUUUGAGUCUUGUUUUCUCAGAUUAUGAAAUAGGAAAAAUUUCCUUCCUCGUGAGAUAAGCAAGUGCCAUUAGCAAUUAAGGACAUCCGCACAUAAAUGAGCUGCAUGUGAAUCCACACAUGCCAUUCCAUGAAGACAGAGGAUCAUGUGGACCUUUGGUGCCUUCCAGUUGGCCCCUCCCUAGGUCUAUGAGGGUCAGACCUGUCCUGAGGCUUUUACAAAUUGGCCCAGAACUCAUUUAACUACAGCAUCAUUUCAUCAGAGGGCUGCUAUUAGAGACUGAAUGAAUAUGUCCCCCCCGCAAAUUCCUGUGUUGAAAGGCUCACCCCCACUAUGGUAGUGUUAGGACGUGGGGCCUUUGGGAGGUGGUUGGGUUAUGAGGGUGGAGCCCCAGAGAGCUCUCACGCCCUUUCCACCAUGUGAGGUUACGGUGAGAAGACGGUCUCUGAGGAAGCUGGCGCUUGCCACACACCACAUUUGCCAGUGUCUUGAUCUUGGAUGUCUAUAGCCUACAGAACUGUGAGAAAUAAACGCUUGUUGUUUAAGCCA